AUGGCCGGUGCCAUUUCCACUCUCCUGGUGGGGAUUCUCAAUGAUGUGAGCAGAUCAGACUUCGGUUUAACCGGAGGAUUAAGUCGUAAGACUACCAUUGCCGUUCCCUUAACUGUGGCUUCCCUUGCCGGUUUCUGGGAGUAUCAAGUGACUAAGAAUGUCCCCGAGCCUUAUUUGGACGAAGUAUUUCAUAUACCACAAGCUCAAGCAUACUGUAAUUGGGAUUAUGGUACUUGGGAUCCAAAACUUACGACACCACCCGGAUUAUAUUGGUGGAGUCACUUUUUGAGCAUAGUCUCGGGCUUCACAACAUGCAACGUACAUUUUCUUCGGAUCACCAAUGUUAUUGCUCUUACAUCUAUUAUGAUGCUGGCCUGGAAGUGUCGAAACCUUAUUGUUCGAGCCGGCAUUGAAAAUCGUUCAGAUCUAAUUCCUAGGCUAAGAUCUGCAGAUUCAUUACAUACAGCUGCCAACAUUGCACUUUUCCCGCCGCUAUUCUUCUUCUCUGGUUUGUAUUAUACAGAUGUGUUAUCUACUUGUGCCGUUUUGUACCUUUAUAAACAAUUUCUCGAGCAGGGAGAACUCAAGAAGAGCGAGAAGACGUGGAAAAAUAGUGCAUGGUUUUAUCUUUGUGGUGUAAUGGCUCUGUGUAUGAGACAAACGAAUAUCUUCUGGGCUGCAAUAUUCUUGGGAGGAAUGGAGGUUGUGAGGACACUGAAGGGGACAAAUCAUCUUACUGCUCCAUCUUUCAGACAUCUCCAAACAACGUCACAGGAGGGGUUUCUAAAACAGUUCUAUGAACUCGCAAAAACAGAACAUCCACACGAUCCACCUUUACACGCUGCUUCACUGGAAGAUUUGCUCUUUACACCGUUCAGCAUCUUCUAUACCGCUAUAACGCGCCUCCCAACUAUGCUCAUCCGGUUGAUCCCCCACAUUUCACUACUCGUCACAUUUGCCGCAUUCGUCUACAUCAAUGGCGGCGUCGUCCUCGGCGAUAAAUCAAACCACGUUGCGACCAUUCACCUUCCGCAACUCCUUUACCUCUGGCCCUUCAUCGCCUUCUUCUCAUUCCCACUCCUUCUUCCCACCCUCUUCUCGUUCAUCUCCUCCACCAUUAACAACGCCCUGCACCCAUCCCAAUUGUUCACAUCCUCUCUCAACACUCAACUCCGCAUCCUCAUAACCUUCUGCCUCAUCCUUACCUCGUUCCUCGGAUCUCUCAUCAUCAUAAAAUAUAACACCAUAAUUCACCCAUUCACCCUAGCCGAUAAUCGUCAUUACAUAUUCUACGUAUUCCGCUACACCAUAGUACGACAUCCUCUUAUUCGUUAUCUCCUCGCUCCAAUAUACAUAGGAUGUUUCUUUCUCAUCUUCGAAACCCUCGCCCGAAACGAAAAUAAAAAGGUUGAAACCCAAGCAUCCGACAAGCCAACCACAUCAGCACCUCACCCUGCUCCAAGUUCUCCAUCCGCACCACCUACCAGCAUCAACCCAACAAAAAUCACCUCUGUCAAACUAUCCACCACCCCCCUCUCCACCUUCUUCCUCCUCCUCUUCACAACAUCCCUCUCCCUAAUCACCGCCCCGCUCGUCGAACCUCGCUAUUUCAUCUUGCCAUUCGUCUUUCUACGUUUACAUUUCCCAACUUUGAUACCCACAGGCAUUGAUCAAUACUCAUCCUCAUCCUCAUCCUCAUCUCCACCCUCCUCAUCCUCACCCCCACCACAACACACAACCAACCUCCUCGCCAAAUUAGGAGAUCCAAAACUGACACUAUACCUCGAAACCCUCUGGUAUCUACUAAUUAACGCGGUGACUGGGUAUAUAUUUUUGAACCGAGGAUUUGGAUGGAUACAGGAGCCGGGGAAAGUUCAGAGAUUUAUGUGGUGA